CGUUGCAGGUGUUGUGUCCUCGGCGGAGGCUGCUUUGGAUAACGCUGGUGCGCGCGGGUUCCUCAUCCCGUGGUUGCCCCCUUCCUCUGCAGCAGGGGCGGGCUUCGGCGGGUGGGGGGCAGGAGGCUUCCCCCUCUUGCAGGGCGGGCGUGUGGGGCUGUGAUACCCGCUGGAUGCGCUCCCGGCGCCCGGGGCAGGAGGGGGCCGCAGGGAAGCGUUGCCUGGCCGCUGCCUAAGAGGAUUUACUACGUCUCGGACUCCGCCUGGCGCCGGUGCCGCCGCUGCCGCGUGUGCAGGUGCCCCCGGCGCGCGGGAAGCGGAGAUGGACGAGAAGUACCUGCCCGAGCUGAUGGCGGAGAAGGACUCGCUGGACCCUUCCUUCACCCAUGCGCUGCGGCUGGUGAACCAAGAAAUUGAGAAAUUCCAAAAAGGAGAAGGAAAGGAAGAGGAAAAGUAUAUUGAUGUAGUGAUAAAUAAAAAUAUGAAGCUGGGGCAGAAAGUAUUAAUUCCAGUGAAACAAUUUCCUAAGGACUACAAUGAUGAAAUCAGACAGGCACAGCUUCAAGAAUUAACAUAUUUGAAUGGUGGUUCAGAAAAUGCAGAAGUUCCAGUUGUUCGUGGAAAACCACCAAUACGAGCACGAGGAGUACCAGUCCCUGCUUUGGCCAGGGGCCGUGGAGGAGUGCCACCCCCACCAGCAGGUGUACCAAGAGGGGCACCAGCUCCCAGGGGAGUACCUCCCAGUAGAGGUCCAGUCAGUCGUGCUCGUGGACUUCUAGCCCCCCGAGCAAGAGGAGUACCUCUACCUGCAGGCUACCGGCCUCUGCCACCACCUCCAGCGCAGGAGACAUAUGGAGAAUAUGAAUAUGAUGAUGGAUAUGGCACUGCUUAUGAUGAGCAGGGCUACGACUCCUAUGAUAACAGCUAUAGCACCCAGGCACAAAGUGGAACAGAUUACUAUGAUUAUGGACAUGGACUUAAUGAGGAAACAUAUGAUUCGUAUGGGCAAGAAGAAUGGACCAACUCAAGACACAAGGCACCUUCAGCAAGGACAACAAAGGGAAUCUACAGAGACCAGCCAUAUGCCAGAUACUGAUUUUACUGUCUGAUGUUGUGAAAUAUCCAAUCUCCACCAGUCCUGUAUACUGUUCCAAGUAAUUUUUUUCUAUAAACAAUCCCUUUUUAGUAAAUCAAAGUGCUUAAAAAUUGAACGGCUGGACUGAACUUAAACUAUUUUGUCGAAAGAACAACCUGGACAGAAAGAUAUGUAAAACAAGGAACUUUGUUAUUUCCAGACUGUAUUUGAAAAAUAGAUGAUCAAAAAAAAAUAACCUCUGAUUAACUAGUGUUAAACAAAAACUAGGUUUACUAAAUAUGUUAAUCCAUUCUUUUAACAUAAGCGUAAACUUUUAUUUUAAAGGUUUUCAGCAAUUUAGUUCUUUUAGUUUUAUUUUUCAACCAUUUUGCUAGUUUUUUCUCUUGCAAACAUGCGUAAAAAGGGAAGCAAAUUACAAAUGCAAAUAAUGUGGUAUUUUGUAACUCAAGUCUUGAAAUGUUCUGUAGUGUUAAGCAAAGUUUACUCUUGCUUGAUACUAAAUAAACUUUUGAAAGAAAAUCAGUGUGUGUGAGAGUAAUU